UCAUAACAAAAACACAACGGACGCGUACACCUUUCUUUGUGCCUUCCGCGGUCACGUACACACUACUCACCGCUCACUCCGUACAUCGUAUAUCGCGAUCUCACUAUCUGUUUCAUUCGUUCGCAGAGACCCGAACUGCGCUCUUGUGUUUUCACUGCCGCUCGCUGUUCAUAUUGUUAUUAUUGAAACUAUAUUCGAUUUCGAAUUUGUCAACACAAGACGUGAUAAUAUUGUGUUCGCGUUUUUCGUUUAUCGGUGGUCUCGAAGACCCGCGGUUUCAACACGUGUAUACCAUAUAAAUUCAAAAAAUAUAAAGAAAAAAGAAAUAGCGCGCGCAGAACAAGCACAUCGGGUUUUCGCGGCCGUUUCCGUAUUCCGAAGCUCAAAAUCACCGUCGUCAUGUCUACCACGCCAAUGUCUCUGCCCGAAGAAACACUCGGAGGUAUGCGUAGUAUUUAUUUCGUAUUUAUUGUUAUUUGAUAAAAUAAAAAAAAAAUGUCCAAUGCGCUCCUAUCGCGCACCAUUGCUGUUUGUUAUUAUUAUUAUUAUUGUCGCGCGUUUUUAUUAUAUAUUUGUCUGCCGUCGCGUCGGCCCAUUUAAUACGUGGUCUGCGUAGAGACAGCUGUUCCGCCACAGCGAUUUUGAUUUGGUUUGGUUUAUUUUUUUUUCUUUUCUUUUCCACUUGCCCCGUUCGUUUUAUUACGUAGUACGGGUGCUUGUACGAUUUUCAAUAGACACACGUUCGUGUUGCGCCAUCAAUUAUUACAAUGUGAACGCCGAGCGAUAAUAUUGCACGUACAUCGAUAAACGCGGAUCAGAGAUCUCUGGCGACAAAUACGGUUCGAAAUGAUGAUACUAUUGUCUGUAUCUGUCCUACGCCGCGACGGCACGGACACCCGGUAUGGUUGAUUUUAAAUAAUAUGUUAAUCGAUUAUCAUACCCCGCGUACGGUUUUUUUUUUCUCAUCAAUAUUCAAGAUUAUAUUAAUUACGUCUAUCGGCAUUAACCGUCGUCAUACAACAUUCAGUAAUUAUUAGUAUUGGGUCUCAUUGACGUAUUAUUUGUGGUAUUGCGUAUACCGCGGUAUUGCAAUAGGUAUACUACGCGAUUAAAUUGUACAGGCGUAUCUUUUUUUUUUUCCACGCUAAAAUAUCGAAAAUAAAAUUAACGUACCGCGAACCGGAAAUAGUUCGCGUUGAGCGCCUAGUUUUCCGUCGUCUACUACCCGGUUCAAAAUGUUACAUUAUUACAUUCCGGCUCGAAUUGCUUAGCCUCUAAUCCCUUAGGUAUUAUAGUGUGAACGAAAUAAUAUAUUGUGUUAUGCGUGGAUACCAUCUUUCCUUCCCGACUACCUGCCUACCCCGUAUGCGGGGGCAAUGAACAAACCUAAUACGAUCAUCGAGUAAGUACUUGCACCUAUUUGCUGGUUUGGACGUUAAUUUUUUUUUCUUUUCUCUCUAUUACAGAGGGUACCUGAGUACGGCACAGUGACCGAACGAUAAUAUUUACGUUUUCAUUUUUAUUCGGUUUAACGAUGAAAUAUUGGAAUUUCGCCCAAAUACCGCAGUGUGCUUUUAUUGUUAUACCAGUUUCAUUGUUAUUAUAGCGUCUACGCAUUGUGCCAACCUACAUUGUGUAGUUUUCCGUAAUUAUUUAUUUUCCAUGCAAAUCUAUAGCAAUACGCACGCCCAAAAUUAAUACUGGACCGUGAAACCUACCUGGGUAUUUUUAAAGGCUAGGUAAUCACAUAUUUAUGUCGAAAACAAAUUAUCACAGUUAGGUCGAGCGUGUACUAAAAAUCGAAUUGUUUUAACGCGUUCGUGUAUUUUAAUUUACCCGUAGACGAAAUAAUUAAAUGUAGGUAGGUAAUUCUCAACACUGUAAUUAUUAUAAAAAAUACUUUUGGUCGAAAAUAUAACAGUAGUUACAACAAUAAUUAAGCAGUUAAGCACAAGAUACUACGAAUAAAGAAAAUAAUUCCGUAUACCGUAAAUAUAGGACUUGGUAGUACUAUAUUUAGUAGGUAUUUAUAAAAUAUGUUUGUUUUAUGCAUUUCACGUAGAAAAAAAAAAAAAGAAGAAUAAUACAAAAAUCGAUUUCGGUAUAUUUAUAAUAGGUGCUGUACAAUUUUUACCGAUUAAAAAACCACGCCGGAUUUAUUACCAUUGUUUGUUUUUUCUUUAUUGUUAUACAGCUACUACAGGAAUAUAUUUUAGACAGGCACGACUUAGUGAUGGGGCAGCCGCUGUUGUAAGUUAGAAGUUGGGAAGGUAUAGGAUUCAAAAGGUUAUUUCAUUUAUAUCUGUAAGCAACGAUAAACCAUUACUUGACGAAAGAUGAUUCCGAGCUCAGUUCGGUGAUACAUAAUUUUAAGUGCCCUACAUUUUUUUUUGCGAAAUUCGUUUAAACUUGAUUUCAAAAGGCUUAUUAAAAAAACAAAAAAGCCGUCCGAUCAUUUUGGAAAUUUUACCGCGUCUAGGUAAGUCUAAUAUAAGUAUUAUUACCAAGUUUCAAGUCUACGUGUAUUUAUAACCGAAUUACAGCAAAAAACUCUCAACAAUUUAAAUUCCUUAAAAGCUCAAAAGUUAUGGCGGUGACACCGUAAAAAAGGCACCUUGUGAUUUUUCGAUUGAAUCAUUUUUCUCCGUUUAAUUGCCUUUUAUUUAAAAAAUGGCGUCGAAAAUCAAAAAAAAUUACCUCUCUGAAGUACAAUCUGGACAACUUGAGUUUUCAGCAAAAGCGCUACACUUGUUGUGCAUCGGAACAAGUUUACUAGGAAAAAACGUGUACGCACACUACUAAAACAAAAAAGUAACAAACGGCAUUGUAAAACCAAUAGCUCCCUACGCUCCUCGGAAUCUAAAAUACCCGUAGAAGCGGUUUGAAGCGAAUAAUUAUAAUAUCGAAAUGUCCGUCGCGGUGCGCCGACCCCCCCCCGCGCGUCGCAUUGCCUGCCAUUUCGCAGUAUACCGAAAUAAAUCAAUAGGAGGUUGGGUGUAUCAUUGUCAUUGUCUGCGACGAAUGCAUAUCAUACGAUACGUAUUACGAACAUUUUUUAACGAAGCGUUUUAGUUCGGCCGCGGUUUGUUUUUAUCGGAAAAAUGAACGUGCAGUGAAUCUGUAAUAUUAUCGUGCAACGUUUGUUAACGCGCGCGCGUUAUAAAAUUCGGUGUUAAGAGAACGUUAUACCCGCGUCUAUACUGUCUCGGUCCAACGAUACCGGGUAACGUACAUAAACAAUGUUUGCGCAGAAUAAGUAAAACUAGUUUAAUUUCGAUUUUACAGGUGUACCUGUUAUAAUACAGAGAACGAUAUUUCGGAGGGAACGUCAUCGGUGUUUUUGCAAUUACGAACUGCUAAAAAAGCAAAAAAAAAAAAAUUAAGGUUUUCGUAUCUUUUAUAUCGAGCUGUACAUUUUGAAUAACACAAAAACCCUAUGACAUUCUCUCCGAAAUAUUGUUCACUAUAAAUUUCAUUACAGGUACUUUUACUCUAAAAUCAAAAUUAAACUAAAUUUACUUAUUCUGCUGUGUAAGCAUUGUUUAUGCAUGCUACCAGGCAGUCGGACUAAGACAGUAAACGCGGGUAUAUGUGUAUAACGUCUUCUUAAAGAACUGACACAAGUAACGUCGCGCGAUGUAUGAGAAAAAAAAAUUAAUCUAUAAUGGCCAAUGUCGAAUGAUGUCAAAUAAUAAUAAUAAUUAUUAUUAUUUAUAGAGGACCGUAAUGUACAAAAAAUAGUCGCCGUUCGAGUGUCCAAAAGUGUACACAAUAUUUUUUAUUAUCGCAGCUAACCGCUGCAGCUGCAGUCGACGAGCGAUAAACACACGUAUAGUAUCGCGGGAAACCGAAAAAAAAAAAAUAAUAAAAACAUUAAAAACGUUUGCACUAUUAAUAUCGUUUUUACCAAAAAUACGGUUUUGAUUUGCUAUUCAGAGUAGGUUAUAUUGAUAACGAUAAUACGAUAAGCGGUCGGAUGUUGGAUUUUUUUUUUCCGAAGGAGUCGCGCUUAUAAUGAUUUCUUAGAGAGGGGACAGCGCAUAAUAAUAUCGUCAGUAAAGUACUAUCACUUUUAUUAUCGAAUAAAAUAUGAUUUUUGAUGAAAUUAAAUUUCACCAUUAUAUUCUGUGUGCACACGAUCAGAAGGAGGCCGGGGUUUCAAUGCGUAUUUUAGUUUACGACUAGUUAAAUCGAUUUGUGUAGAGGCUGAUUGGCAGGUAAAAAGUGAAACUUUUAGUCGGCAUUUUUUGUUCACGCGUUAUUUUUAGGCAGAGCAUCAAUAACCCACAUUUUUAAACUAUUUUCAUAUGUGUUUUGCAUUUAAAUAUCCCGCACCCUGACAAAUAAUCAUUUUUAUUAUUAUCAUAUAAUAAUUGUAUAGUUAUUAUAUUGUACGGGGACCAAAAUAGUUAUAUAGAGGUAGCCAUCAAUAACCGGGUAGUGAGUAUGUGAUAAAAGAACCUAUCUAUGUACAUAAUAUGUUAUUUUAGAUUCCUAGCGUAGCGAUUGGUUACACAAUGAUAUUUAUAUUUUUUAUUCUGCGAGCAACUUUUCUAACAGAAAUCUUGCUCUAAUGGAUCAAAUGUAGUAUCUUUUCUGAAAUUAAAUUUUAUCUAGUUGGUACUUUAUGGCGGUCAUUUGAUGGAGGGAGGGAGUAAUGGGAAAACGUACGCGUGUGUAUAAAAGAAACUUUUUCGUAACGGUUUAUCGUUGUGUAGAUAUAUACAUUUAAUUUCCCUUUAUGUCCUACCUUCCCAACUUCUCACCUACGACAGUGGCUAUCAUUCGAAAUAUUUUAGUCUUUUUUUUUUCAAAUUUCAAAUUUGUCAGUUUCCACUUCUUUUACAUGCGCUUAAUUACGGGAUUUUCACUCAAGAGGGCGUUGAAAAUGUUUGCUCCUCAAGGGUGUGAUAACGUUAAAACGGUUAAAAACACUGAUAUAGAUUAUAGAGUAAUAAAUGUACAAUAAUGAUAAUGGAAGAGGUUGAACCGCAUGACCCCCAGUGGAUUUGAAAUUCCCCUCCCCCUCAAAACUGCGAUAUAACCGUUACUGAGUUUUAUAGUUUUCGUCUACGUCACAGUUUUUUUUUUUUUUAUACGCUCGCGAUUCAGAUUAUUUUAUCAGCGUUAGUAUUAUAUACACGUAUAUUAUGACUAAAACGUGCACAGAGCUAUAUAACAGCUAAAAUAUAUGCAAAUAUUAUUUUCCAACGAAAUUCAUAAUUAUUAAAUAUUCAUUAAGCACUUAAUUGAAUUGAAUUGAUAUUCAUCAACCUCUUUUGUUGACUUUUUCUAUGUAAUACGUACCUAAUAUUGUAUCAGUGUUUUUAAUUUUGUAUACAUAUGACAUAUAUUAACGUGUUUACUGUUUACGCGUACAUAUACAAAAUAGUAGGUAAAUAAAUAAAUAGAAGAAAAAAAUACCUUCCCAGCUACGCAUCAAAUCUAAAACGUUACUUAUAUCAAUUAAUUAAUACAAAAUAUUUAAAAUAAAUACUUUUAUACGUUAUAGUUUUAUAACCAAGGAGUUUUGUACCGUACUUUUUUUUUAAUAUGUACGUGUUGUUUUAUACUGUACUGUAUUAUACGUUUUUAAUUCUGGUUUUUGUUCGCUGUUUGUUCUUGUGAAUUAAUCCCCCCCCCCCUCGUGUUUUUAUCGAAUGUAAUAAUAAUUUAUUUUAUUUUAGUAUAGAUUAUAAUAUAUGCAGUCACAGGGCGCUUUAAUAAUAUUAUUACAGCAAUGGUAAUAUUAUUAUAAAAGCGAUGUGGUUUACACGUGCACGUGCUGUUCGCCGCCGUCCCGUACUUGCGGCGUACGUUUUGCACGCGUUUGAUCCCAAGGUCGUUGCGUCGUUGCCGCGCUGCAUGGACGCAUUGCGCGUUACAAAAAGUCCACAAAAAACCCGACAAAAUUUGAUUUCAGGUAUACGAAUAUUGUGUCUGCGCAUUACGAUGACGACCGUUCGGCGAUCAUGUUAUAUUUUUAAGCACCUAUAAUAUUGUUAUUAAAGUAUUAUUGCGUCCGUCAUGCCGCCGCCACCUGUAGACUUAAUGUCCCCCCCUUUUCUUCCAUGUCCGUCUGACGUUUAACUUCCGAGACGAGUUACCUCUACUGCGCGGAAUUCUCCCUCCGUCGAGUAAAUAGGUCGUUUCGUUUCGAAAAUAUCAUUCUGUAUACAGUAUAAUAUCAAAUAUCGAAUAUAACAAUAAUAAUACCAGAUAUAAACCAACAGCUACGUUUGGGUGUUUUUUUCGACCAUAAACCGUAGAAAUCGUAAUUCUACCAUUAUUUUAUACAACCCACCGUGAUGGGUAUUGCGGACUUUUGGCAUGAAAAAAACAUCCAAAACAAUAAACAUUCUAUUCGAAAUCCGCCGCACUGGUUAGCGAUAAAAGUAAUCACCUUGUAUAUUAUUUCACGUAGAAAACCUGCGCCAGAGUUUCUUCAUCCCGUCGUCCAAUUAUUACGUUUCGUUUAUCGAUGCCAAUCUCCGUUUACUACUACCUUUUUUUUUAUUCAUAACAACAAACCCGGUCCAUUUAAUUUAAAAAAAAAAAAAAGAUUACAAUCAAUAUUCGUGAGCUGCGGUUUUACGAUGUACCGCGUAAUUUUCCGAUUUUCAUUCAUUUUAUUCGGCAUUUUUCUCUCUCUGCAGCCCUUUGACUUUUUCUAGUGAUAUUUCGACCGUACAUUUAUUAUUUACUACUCAACAGGUACUGCUAAAUAUAGAUUUCGGGUCAUCGUACUUACCCAGACGUUAACCUACAAGGGUUUUACGUCAUUUACGUUCGAUUUUUCGUAAAUUACCGACCGUAUUUUUAAUUAAUAUUUUUACAUUGUACUCUUGAGAGCUUCUCGGAACUGCGUGCAACGGAAUAAAACAGUUUUACAAAAUUUACGAUUUAUAAACAAUAUCCAUUCCACCCGACAACGCCGUGCGCAAAAAAAUACUUGUUUUAUCGUUAACUGAAUCCAGUUGAUAACGUUUUAGGCUUAUACAAAUGCCAAAAACAAUUAACGAUAUUUUAAUUAAUAAUGCAUACUUUGAUUAAGUAUGUACACACAAACACGCACGCGCUAAAACUAAACUGUACACGCGUACAAGUACAAAUCGCGCGUUUAUAGUAAUGUUCCCUUCUCCCCCGGUAGUCUAAAGGGCUAGGCUAGUGGUAAAUAGUGGCCCCUUAAUGAGGAUAACAAUCGUUUCUUACGACGAGGAAAACGGGUAUUUCGUUACCGAACGAAAAUGAUGGCUGUAUACGAUCGCUAAUGAUGACACGCGUGGUCGAAAGUCUGAUAUUGAUUACGAUAUUAUAGUAUUUGAUUAUUUCGACAAAAGUCAAUAACAUUGUGUUUUUUAAUCGUAUUAAUUGUUGGUUCGAUGACGCUGAACGUACGUGUGUACGUGCAGACGAAACGCGCGCCCGUUAAUGACCGAUUCUUAUAUUAUAAAUAUUAAUAUUAUUGCUUUGUUGUCAAAAAUAAACUCGUUUUCCUACCGUUAACGUCAAACCGCGAGAAAAGUAAAUUGAAUAUAUUACGUACGCAUUAAAUUUUUUGUUUACCACCUAACAACAUAUACUUAACGUCGUCAUCGUUGUCGUCGAACUACUCGUCGUAAAUACUCACAGUUUGUGCCUGCACGUUUUUUUCUUUUCAAACCUGCAAUCAAAACAACGAUAACACAACUAACUAACAUUGUUUCGUUUUUGUCGUAUUACGAGCGAUACUUAUACCUAUAUAAUAUUGCCAUUCAGUUGUAGUCAGUUUUGAAACUAUUGUUGUCGUCGUAUUUCGGACCAUAUAGAUUGCGGAGCUUUCAAAACAUUCAUAACACUUGACUUUUUAGAUUCUGAGCGUAGCGGUUUUACAAUGAUAUUUAUUAUUAUUAUUAUUAUUAUUAUUUUUUUUUACUGCGACAAAAAUUUCUAACUUUAGGGAAGUCAUUAUUUUUGAUUUUCCAAGCGGUUUUUCAUAAUUUUUGGAAAAACUCGAGAUAAAACGGGAAAAUAUGCGAAAAAAUGUAAUAUUUUUAUUAUUUUCAAUUUUGUUUUUUAUUGUAAUUCAGUUAAAUAUUUGUAGAGACGUGAAAUUUGGACAAUAAAUGUAUAUCUGCCUUUUCUAAAUAUGUUCAUAUUCGAGAUAUUUUAUAGUUAUAUACAUUUUAAUUUUAUGAGUAAUUUUUAUUUGGUAGGUACUCUGUGGAUAAACAGAAUGUCGUAAUUUAUGUCUUGUAACCAAAAAAAAUAACGUUGAAUUCAAUGUAGUUUAAAUAAUUUUUUAAGAAUUUUAAUACUUAAAUAAUUUUGACGAAAAUCUUUUUAUUAAAAAAUUAUGUGGAGCAAAUCUAGUUACUGGUCCAUACAAAUUAUUUCAAUGUAUAUUUAUUUUACUAUAAUAUGAUUUAUUAUAUAUUGUUGACGAAGCAAUACUAUUAACCGAACUCCGCUCAGAAUCGAUUUUCGUUAGCAAUGGUUAAUCGUUGCUUACAGAUUUAUAUUAAAUUCCCCUCUUUAUCCUACCUUCCCAACUUUUCAUCUACAAUAGUGGUCCACCCAUCGUGCGAAGUAUGUCCGUCUUUUUUUUUUAUAAUACUGUCCUGCACAGAUUUGUCUGUGUCAAUAUUGAAAGGAAAAAAUAAAACAGAAAACAAAAUGUUAAUGACGAGGUUCGUGAAUAAGUAACGUAAAACAUAUGCACGCGUCAGAUACAAAUUGUGUACACUUUUUAACAAUUAAAAUACAAUAAUAUUAAAAUAGUUAAUGAUACUAAUAAUCGAGUGAAUAAUAUUGUGGUAAAAAGAAAAACCUAUUUUUGAACAUCAAACAAUGCGUUUUACUCAAAUAAAUAGGUUUAUCAUAAUAGCGUUUUAAUUUAUUUAAAAUCGCAUUCAGACAAUUUCUUUUGUUCUGCAUGCGGUUGAAAGAAGUAAAAAAUUAUAACAUUAUAUACAGUCUUAUCUUUUUAUUGACCCACGUUUGUCAGGUUAUCAAUGCUCGGCAGUGGAUUAACACACCCAUGAGAAAUAUGAAGUACCUAUACGUUUAUAUAAUACAUAAUAAUGCAUUUUUUCAUCUCGUAUACAAAGAUUCAUUACCUAUAUUGAAUUAUUGUUUGAUAAAAUUGAAUAAAAGUAAAUAUUUUAUGUCUUAAUAAAUAUUUUUGUUUGAACAUAAAAAAAAAAUUCAUCGUAGUUAUAUUUAUCUCAGUAAAGUAGAGUUUACUCUGGAUUAUGACUCAUUAAUUUUUAUCACAAUACAGAAAUUUUAACGGGAAAUUUCAAUAAUAAAUUUUAAUAGAAAUGUAAGAACAAAUACUUUAAGUAGAAAUAUUUUAUCUCGUAGUUUGUUUUCCAUUAGUUCUAGAAUGGAAAAGGUGGAUUCAUUUGGUUGAUGAUAAUAUAAGAAAUAUGGUGAUAGGGGGGAAGUAGAUUAAUAUUUCCCCAAUAAUUUUUCCAAGUAGAUGAUCCUUAAUAUGGGCUAGAUGGCGUUAUGAUAUGUACUGUCGCCAAAAACACUAAAAGUGUUAAGAUUUUUUUAAUUAAAUACCACAUUAUGACCUAGUAUCCACCACUUAUCUAGUAUUUGAUGGGCUCCUUACAACAACCAUACGAAUUAACUUUUUAAAAUUAUACCUUAGAAGACAAAUUUUUUCGGACUUUACUGGUUUUUAUAUGUAAAAUGUUAAUUUAAACAAGACCAUAUUGCCUAUAUCUUCGUAAAUAUUAAUCGUAUUUCUCUUAAUAACACAAUCUUACACAAAAUUUAAAAGAGAAAUAAAAAUGCGUUUCCAAAGUGCCUAAAACUGAUUCGCUGAAAUAAAGUUGACUUGUUUGGUCGUUGGACGGAGCUCUUCAUUUAGCAACGGAUUUUCAUAUAGAUUUGAAUUUUAAACAAGCGAUUUUCAAUUACGACUUAUUUUUAUACGAGUAGGUAGAUCUCUAAUCAAUUCGAACACGUGUCAAUUAUCGAUGUAUGAAAAUGAUUAGAAAGAUUAUAUGCUAAUUCAGUAUAGUAUUGUAAUAUAGCAAAAUAAAAUAUAUCAUAAUAAUACAAUUAUUGCCCAAUAACGAUCGCCGGAUUGAUUUGCAAUUCAAAGUAAAAUAUCAGCGUUUAGCAGUUUUUCAUGAAUGGCUUUUUUUAUUAUUAUUAUUUUGUAAAUCGUAUUGACGUGUGCUGUUUUUAAACACCGACUUCAGUAGGUCAAAUUUCAUAACAGGUUAAAUUCAUCGUAUAAUAUAGGUAACGUCCGCGAUUAAAAACGAAAAUCUACUUGUUAAAUUGUACAUUUUUUUUCAUAUGUAUAUAAAACUAUAUGUAGGGAUAGAAGUAUUGUAGUUUAGUACGUUUUUAUGUCAACGAAAAUAAUGCAUCGUAAUUCGCGAGCGUUCAAUCAAUACGCAGAUAAAGAACCUCGAAUCACAUUCAUUUAUUGAUAUGUUUAAAUGCAACUUAUAUAAAAUUAAUAUUAUUAGUUAGUUUUUUGCGGUCAACUAGAUUACGUAUUAUAUUAUACGAGUAUCAUAUCAAACGUGUUUAUACCAAUUAUUUGGUUACUGCAUUAAUUUGUAGUUAUCUAUAGAGGAAUUCACAUUGGAGCUUUUGGCGUUAACUAAUCUGAGGCAAGAACUGCAUGAAGCCAAACUUUUACCUAAGAUAACAAUGUUAUUCAUUGCUCCGUGAGCGUUUAAACACACGAAUCUCUGUAAAAACAUUUUAUAUUUGUGUAUUUAAUAUCAUGUUUAUUGUUAUUUGUUGUUCUUGUUUCGCUUAUUUGAUUGGUUAACAGAUAAAAUCUAGGUAAACGCUAAAAUGUCUACUGCAGUGAAUCCUCAGUAUAGAACAAAAACUAACUUCUAUAACCGUUCCAUAUUUUGUUCGCUUAUAUUAUACGAUAUUUCCGUAUCCUAAACCCAAAAGUUGUAACUAAAAUCACUGCAGAAAUAACUUAUUUAUAAAACGCACGAGUAACCGCGGCCCAUUAUUAUUGUACCAAAAUGAUUUAAAAGAUCUCGUCACUAAUAUUUGUUUUCUACGGUUUGUUUCACGCAUAAUAUAUCAACAAAGGCAUUCCGCAUUUCCACGAUCGCGAUUAUUUGGUUGAGUUUAAGACUAUACAUUUUAUACAGAAUGAUAUUGUGUAGUAAUGAUUUUCGUUACUAUUUUCAUUUCUUAAGAAGUUAUUAAUAGUUAAAAUUAAAAGGAAAUUCAACCAUAUCUUGAUAAAAAAUAAAAAAAUUUAAAAAAAUGAUUCAUUAGAUAGUAAACAUAGCUCGUCUUUAUAAAAUGUAUAAUAUAGGUAUGAUAAGAAGUUAUUCAAGUUUGAAAUACACAAAAAUAAUGAAUUUUUAAAUUUAAAUAACUACUUUUGUAGCACUGGCAUCGAACAAAUAAAAACGACAUUUCACAGUCAAAGUUUUAAUUGUUCAUAAAUUGGUAUAUUAUAUUUAUCGUAGGUAGUUUAUAAACUAUAGUUACAGGUAGUUAUUUAAUAACAUAAAAAGUAAUCAUGUUAUUAAAACGAUUCAAGCUAUGAUAAAAAACGAAUUGUAUUCUCUUUUUGUUUAUACAUAUGUAUAAAGAAACAGUAGCUAAAAAUAGUAAUUAGUUCGCGAGUAUGCGCACCCAUAAGGCGGUGGUGUGUCUGGAGCACGGUACGAUGACAUUGGCGACGGCGGCAUUAUUAAUUUUAUACCGAAGCGAUAUAUACAACACGCGGCCGAUCAUGACUCAUGAGAUAAUAAAACGCGUUCUCUCACAAACCGAAAAUCCGCGGGCUGAUCGUCGAUACGACGAGGUAGUGGGCGCGGCUACAGCCUACUGUCUCCGUGACGAUACGGCGCGCAACGCUAUCUAUCGCGCAUCGCACGCGAACAGCUUUGGGUAGCACGUCCAACAAAAGACAGGUAUGCGAUCGCGGAAAUUCCGAAUGCCUUUGUAGCCUCUACGACGUGCGAGACAGACAGAAAUGUUCGCGACGAGGCCACUUACUUAAUCGGAUUCGAUUGUAUCCGUUUUCCUCUGUACAACGAGAAAAUAUUUAGUUCACGGAUAUUAUUUCUGAGUGUAAUAUUAUGUGUAAAUUAUGUGCACGACUAUUAUAUAUAGGUAUGUAAGAUAAUUUUCUUAUUUUUAUUGUGAUUUUAUGAUAUGAAUACUUGUAGAAUAAACGUGCACUUUGAUUAAUAAAAUGUUAUUAGUUUUUUAUAGUUUUAUAAUAUUAUUAUUGUCCGAGAAGAAUUUCUGAAAAACCUUAUUGACCAAGUGGCUGACCUAUUGACUUUUUCUAUCACAUCAACCUAGUUUUCCGACUUUCGCGGUUGAUAUUUUUUCCAUAUUAACCUACUAUAAAAACUGUGUUUAUUAAUAUUAUUUCAUAUACUUAUGCGUAAUAUAUAUCAAUGAUAUGUUAAUCAUUGAAUAAACUUGCUAUUUUUUUUUUCAAGUACAUAAUUGCUCAUAUAAUUCAAUUUAUUUAUUUAUCUAUUAUGAUUGCAUGUAGUACGACGCACCGAGUUAAAGUAUUUAAACCGUAUAUAAUAUACGAUUAACAUGAUUGGAAGAUCAAACUAUAACCAAUAAUCGAACAAAACGGUACACGAUUGAUUAGGGGUGGUUAUAAAUUCUCCCAAAAUGAUUAAUGUUCUAAACGUAUAUUUCGGGUGAAUUUUCGGAUAAAAGAAUGAGUUAUUUAUUCCAAAUCGGAGAGUUAAGGUUUUCAUAAAAAAAUUAAAGUUAUUUUCGAUUUAAGUUCUGAAGACGAAGUUGUAAUUCUAUAUUAUACUUUUAUAAAUUAAAUGAUGUAAUUGGGAGAUGAUUCAAUUUUCGGAAGGUUCAAAUGACAUUUGGUGUAUAAAACAUCAAAAAUACAAUCGACAGAAUUUGGUAGAACGGUCCUAAAUGAUUAUUCAAUAUUAUUGAACUCGUCAAUAUCCGAGAUCCGAGUACAUAUAUAGGUACCUAAGGGUUUAGAAUGAUAUAAUAUUAUGUUCAUUAUUCAAAAAUAAUGUUAUGUUCAUAAUACUAUAUAAUAAAAAAAAAGAAAAGAAAAGAGGGUAUUUCAAUAAUAUAUUAUUCGUAACGUAACGUAACGUAUAUAUUAUAUGAAUAAUAUAUUUUUUUGUUUUUCAAUAUUUGCAUACAAAAUAGUAUUGAUUCCGCCGAGGUAUUUGUGUAGUAUACUUGCUUACGAUUUUGUAGUCGCUUUAUUAUGAUUUUUUUCUUUUUGUAUUACAUAACCUCGUAUACCUGUUGAGCUUCUAAACUUUAUUCGUACUAGUCAUUUGCAUUUUUUUUUUUUUUAGCCAAUGCCGCCAUCCCUUGAAUUCGUAUCAGUGUACUUAAAUAUCUGAUAAAUAAAUAACUAUUCUAAGGUCAGGGAUUGAAAUAGUAAUAAUACAAUAUACAAUAAUUAUUAUUGUAUACCAGUGUAAUAAUAAUUGUAUUAUUAUUAUAAUAUAUAAUAUAGACGGGCACAAACAACUCGAUAAUUAUUAUCAUCCUACUGAUAACGCCGUAAUUAUUGCUGUCGGCUGCAACGUUUUUUUUUUCUAUAAUACUUUCUGUCACAAAAAUAAUACAUAAUACUUAUAGCAAUGCUACUUAUCUUAUAUAUUUUCUUUUUUAUUCACUACGUUUUCGUAUUUUCUCUUCGAAUUUUUCGGUUCCGCGAUAAAUAACACGAUGUGUCACGUUUUCGUUCAUGUUCAGUAGUUAGGUACGUACUUCUCACUCUUCACCCUUCCCAAAUCGCGGUUUUCCGUUUUUCAUUUUAACGUUGUAUCUGUUGUACCUAUAUAUAUCUAUAUCUAUGUCUUCAAAAUGUAUAAACGCGCAGAUUUUGUAUCGGCCGAUAAUAGAGGUGCGGUCAUGUAUAAUGCUAUCCGCGGUGAACUGGCGAUAAUAUUAUAUUUUUGUGUAACGUUAUUAAAAAAAAAAAAAAAAAACAUCGCGUGAACUCGAGUGUAUUAAUGCCGAGGAGUGCCGUCGUAUGCACGAUGAUGGUGAUGAUGAUGAUGAUGAUAAUAAUAACAACAACAAUAAAUAAUAAAUAAAUAUUGUGUUUUGGGUCGUUCCAUAAUCCGCUUCGGAGACCGGUUAGAGUUAUUUUCUUUCCGAAUAUUAUUUUUUCGUCGUCUGGACGAAAACCGGUCUCGCCCCCACAACGGCUUCCAGACUUCCCGUGACGGACGCACACGAAUUAUUAUUAUUCACUACGGCGCGUUCGUAAUGCUGUUAUGUUAUUUGAUAGCAAAAUGGGAGUAAUAUUGAUGAUUUUUACACGGCGGAGUUCUUUUGCCGCGAGAGCCCGCGUUUAUACCAAUAUACACUGAUAAUAAUAUAAUAUUAUUGGAAAACACCCGAGUCGUGUUUGCUUAAAAAACAUUCUUCGUAGAUGCCUAAACGCUGGUUUUCGUGAUGAAAUAAUCGCCCUGUAUGUGGUAUGACGAGAGUGUUGCAUCAGAAAUCGUAGUAAAAAAGUCAGAGCGUUUUAUUUAUUAAAAACCUGUUAUCAUUUUUUUUUUCUUAGGACGUCGUGGUAUUGUUGGCCUACGACACGGUUGUCCAAAAAAGCUUUUCGAAAAUUUCCACGCAUGCGUAAUAUUGUAUAUUAUUAUACUUAUUACCGUAUUUUAUCGAUUCGGGAAUUUUUACGCCUACCUACAACUCGUAUAGUAUAAUUGAUGUAUAAUUAAGUUCGAAUUGUCGAUAGCUCUCGUUCCACUUUGAUUUAUUUACCGAAAAUAAAACAUCGAAACGCGUUCGGGUUUUCUUCGAAUUACAAAGGGAACCGAGAGGAGGCAUACGAAUUCGAUUUAUGAUAACAUUAGGAGUAGCACAGUCUACAAUAAUGUCUACAAUGCAGCAUAAUAAUACCUAUGCCACCAAAUCAUAAAAUUGGUCGAUUUUCUUUUCCGCCAAAUGAAUAUUCGAAUAUUUGACAACGCGAUUUGGUUCAAAAGUAUCGAUUACGCCGAGCUGAUAUCGUAUAUUCGUAUACCUAACUGUAUCGACUGAUAUUAUAAGCAACAUAAUCGAUAGCGUCGGUAAAAUACGAUAAUCGGCGAUCUAUUUAUCAUUGGGCGAAAUCCUCCCGGUACGUUAUAGAUAUUUCACGACGGAAAAAUAAUAAUGAAAAUAAGUUUGAAUUCUUAUACUGUGUAUAAUAAAAACGAGUGAUUUUAUUUUUGAUAUUUUUCUCGUAAAAUCAAUGUGGUAAUAAAACAAUCGUUGUGAGUAUUCACGACUAGGUAUGUUUACCUCGUACCCGAUAAAUAAUUUGCGCGCCCGCAAACAGGUUUAGACUGUUUAGAGCGGGGUUUAGGUUUAUACACUGCAAUACGGCUAAAAUCGAUUAACCCAUUCGUUAUCGGCAGGGUCCGAGCCGGUCCAGAGAGGGCUAAGCCGUCCUAAACCCACCCCCUCCCCACGUUAACGUCCGUACGACGAUGUUGUACAUUUAUAGGCACUGCUAGUCGCAUCGGAAUCGGUAUAUUUCGCGUUUAAUCCGCGAAACUCCGCAUCGACUUCGGUGGACACGGCGGUUUUAACGUCUGCGGGCGGCCGCGCGUUCGGUUCGCUGCACUCUUCUCGCAUAUCAUGCCGUCCUUCUUCUCGUGCCGCCGGUCACGUACACACGCUGUCUCCCGGGCCCCUCGGUGAAAGCGCCCGCCAGUCACUCUCGGCCUCAUCGCGGACACCGUCGCUGGCACACACGUUGCGAAACUGUAUUCCGAUCGCCGACUGCACUGGCCACCCGAAGCGUCGCACGCUUAUCGCCCCGACCUUUCUAUAAUAAUGUUACGAUUCGUCUGCAGGGUGUAACGAACCGCCAGAGUCGCGGAAUAUUCAACUCCCGGGGCGGCGGCCAAGCGGGUUAAAAUAAAUCUAAGGGCGUACAAUCGACGGGUAAAUAAAAAACACCCGCAGCGAGCGGCUCCGUCGGGUUAGAUUCAGAGUCGAAUCCGAACCGUAUAGACUAUCAAGACGUGUCCAUUACAGACUUCCAUCCUCGGGAAGGGGGGAAUUUCCAAUUGGGUAUCCCAAAGGCAUAGGCGGAUUUGGGAAUUUUUACACCCGGGGAAAAAAUAUAAGAAAAUAUGCUCAACGAUUUUUUAUGUAACUCGUUAAAAUACGUUUAUUUAUAUAAAACAAUAUAUUUUUUUUUUUUUUUAUUAUCAACAAUAUAUGACUUAUAGUCGACUCGCAACUCGUUUCAAUAUCGCAUGCUGUUUACAUAGUAUAAUGUCACACAUUUUCAAGGGAUGGUAUACAUUUAUAUGCUGAUACCCCCUCCUCCCUGAAAUAAACACUGUAGACUAUAAAUUGGUGUCUAGGUUUGUUUUUCUUUGUUUACUACCGAAUAAAAUCCGUGACAAUCGAGGAUAGGAUAUGUUCAUAAUUACGAAUGUAUUCACGACACAAUCGUGCGUGUUUCUAGAAAGGUUAGAUAUGAUUUGGGAGAAGGGCGAGCGUUUAUUUCGGUUCGUUUUACACGUGUUUUUUUCGGACACGUGUGAUUUUUGUUAUGAAAAUUCGUUUGGCACACGAGUAAACACUGGGGGGCCCAAUCGGUGCCAAUAAUAGUUCGAUACAUCGUUUUUUUUUUUUUGAUACCGUUUCUCGUGACAACGGGACAACGUUCCUCGUAUUAUCGUCUUGCGGUAAUACGGCGUAAACAAAGAGUAUAAUAAUAAUAUUAUAGUAUUUAGGUGCACGUGCAUACGGACGAACGAAACAUAACCGCACACCGUCGUAAUGGAUUAUAUAAUUAUAUACUUUUGAUUUAAAACCUGUCCAGAAUUAACCACGUAACAUUAUACCAACCGUUACGCGUUCGGUUUAAUAUUACACUUUCGCCUUUGCGACGAACCAAAUCGGCUAAUAAUAAUGUUUGUCGCCUUUUAAUCCGCCGUGUCGUCUUACGUCGAUCGCGUGCGAUUCACAUUGGUACGAUACGACACUAUACGCAUGACGCGACAAACAAAAUUGUCAUCUAAUGCAGUAUGCACAUUGCAAUUAAAAUUAUGACCGAUCAACAACGACAUACAUAGCUUUAUGCUAUUUUAAACCGAUAUCAGUUUGAUUUAAAUUUUUUUUAUUAGCGAUUAAAGUUGCAGUUAUUGCAUAUUUUACCUGCCUAUGAAUUGAUUAAUAAUAAAUUAAUUCAUAAAUAAUUGUAUAGUAUUUAUAUAGGCGUGUGCGCGGGGAUAGAUUUGUGCAGCUGUGUACCUUGCAAAAAAUAUCAGGAUAUCUGACUAGGGAGGUAAUUUUUUGAUUUUCCCAGGCGUUUUCAUAAUAAUAAAUGGAAAAAACAGGAAAAUUUACGAGAUUUAUUUUUUCAAAGUAUAUGUAACCUAACUCUGCUCAGAAACGUUUUUUGUUAGCAAUGAUUAAUCUUUGCGAUAUACAUUAAAUUUCACCUCUACUUUCUCAAUUUCUCACCUACAAUAGUGGCUCGCUCAUCGUGCGAAGUAUGACAAUUUUUGUGGUCCCAAGAUUUCGUAUAAUUAAUCUGAUAUUUACUUUUUUUUUAUGUGUUUCGUAUUGACGACAUUCAACUAGUUUAUGUUUUAUUAGUGUUAUAGAAACUCAAAUAUCUAGUAUAUAGUUAAAUAGAUUCCCAAAAAAAUUAUACCUAUACACCAUAUGAUUCUAUAUUAUUAUUAAAUGUUUUUCAGUUAUAAAAUAAAAAACAACCAAACAAGUGUCGUAGAAUUUGUAAUUGUAAUAAUAAUCUAUACCUAAUAAUUACCCGUAUUUAUUUUGUAUUCACUUAAAAUAAUAUGCGUAGGUAAAAUAUAUUUUGCUUUAUUUACUUGUUUUUUUUUUUUUUUAUCUGAUUCAUUAUUAUUUUUAAGUAUAUAUUUACCUAAUAUGUAUUCAUUUACAACAGAAUUUUUUUUCCUCUACAGGUCGGGGUAUUUUUUUUAGCGAAUAUCCACUGCGUGUCCACCCCCUCCAUCACCACCCCUACGCCUCUUCCUUAAAAAACCCACGAUCGGAUAAACCAAAAAUUUCCUUAACUUUUGGAAUUUCCCCAGUUACUCUUCUCACUACCAAUAAGUAAUUACAAAAUCAUAAUAUUUGUUACUACAAAAUCUAUUAACUUAAUCUGUAUUUACCUGUUGUGUUCUAUAGCGGACCCCCAAUAAGCAAAUAUCUUACUUUGCUUUUUGUCCAAUAGAGUCUAUUUUAUAUUCAUUUGGACACAGACAAAAUCUUUAAAAAAACGCCCGGAUACAGGGUUUUUUGCAAACGGCUUGUUACACGGAUAGAUCGAGGAAAAUGUGUGACGUAAAUAGUGUAAUGUUUACGUCGUCGUUGUAGUCUUCACGUUUAUCGCUUGUGGUGGGUGAAUGUUGUUUUUGUGACUUAUUUAUGACUUAUUUGUGACACCGUAUAUUCUUAUCCGAGGCAUUAUAAACGAUUUUUUUCCAUUGUUGUACCCUACUGUUGUAGUAGUACACAGAUAUAGUGUUUACUAUAAUAUUGUUAUGAAAUUGCUAUCAGCAAUCGACCUCGUUCGUAAAGUGUUUUACCGUUCGUUAUUGUAGAUACUAGGUCGUUAAUAUUAUUUAUUUAGGUAGGUAUCUAUUUGUGUGCAGUUAAUGACCAUUUGCAAACAAUAUGUUUUAGACGUUUAACAACGCGAGUAUUAUGUCAUUGACCAGAAAACGCUUUUGAAUUAUUCGUUAUAUACGCCCGUGACCGUCGUCGAAAGCACCCCUGAAAGCACCAAUUGAACAGUAUCGUCUGUGAUCGACUUGAAAAAUAUGUUUUCGAAUAAAGUUUAGAAGGUUAAUGUCAAGUGUCUAUACCAGAUAUAUAUGUAAGAAAAACAAUAGACGAUUACAAAAACUGUUUACUUCUCGUGUUCGUCGUAUAAAAUGCUCAUGGAUUAAGAAUACAUAAUUAAUACACAGGGCCUGAUUAAUAGAUUUUCCACCAGUAGGCUGAAAUUCAUUUGGCGGUGAUUUUUUUUUCUGUUCAACACCCACCUAAUUCUCUCGAUUCUUUCUCUAUAAAUUCUUCCAUACCUCUCAAAAUAGGAAAUACAAUUUUGAAAACAAAUUGUUUUGUUGCGCCCUCACCAUUUAACAGCGCCCUAGGCUGUAAACCUUUUCAGCUUAUUCGUUAACUAGGCCCUGAUAAUAUAUAAGUUUAUCUGAAAAAAAAAAUAUGUCCAUAUCCUGAAAAAUUACUACUUGGAAACAAUAUUAUUCUUAGUAAAUAGGUAAUGUAUAUAAAUAUUUGAUUACGUAUAGUAAUAUAGUCUAGCUUUAUUAUUUUUGAAAUUUUCAUUCAAAAUUUUAAUAAUUUGUAUGUCACAAAAAUAUAAAUAAUAUAUAAUCUGAAUAUUUUUAGGUUUAAACUUGAUAUUUCCUCUCAAGUAUAUUGAAGUCGCCUACUGCAAAGUCCUCAAACUCCUAGGGUUCAUUAACCGAACCUCUCAACAAUUCCAUCUUCUCUCCCCACUCAAAAUCCUUUUCUGUUCCGUUGUUCCCUCUGCCCUUGAAUACUGCUCCGUCCUCUGGGACCCUUCCACGUCUUGUGGCAAAUCUAUUUAGUUACCUUUCGUUUCAACAUCCCCACCCAUCUCUUGAUUACUUCUCCAUUCUCCAUGAUUUACAACUAACUAGCCUUGCUGAUCGCAGGUACUUAUAUAACAUUCUCUUUCUCUCUAAUCUCAUUUCCGGCAAAAUAAGAUUCUCCUUCUUCUUAUCUUAACUCACUUUUAAAAUUCCUCCUCGCCUUUUAAUUAUUCUCUCAACUCACUCAUUUCUCGCUUUAUGGACGGUGCCAACUCGAACCCCUAAUUCAAUUUUUAACCUGUAUCAUUAUCACUUGUGCUUUUGGGCUUGUCCUGUAUUUAAUAUAGUAAAUAAAUAAUUAAUAAUUAAUUUUCUAAAACAUUUUCUCCGCUACAUUUAAAUAUUUCUCUGGAAGUCUGAAUCAAAUGACCUCAAAUUCAGGAAUUAAAAUGUGCUAUGUAUUUAGACAGUAGUGAUAAAUGUCUGGUUGAAUUUCAAUUAUGAAUUUAACCAUAAUGUUUCGGGUAAAUGGUGUUUUUUGUUUAGUUUUGUAGACUCCACAAACGAAGCUGAAGAAUAACAUUUACUUUACGCACGGCGUUAAUACCGAGGAUGUGCCAUUUGAGGGUUUUAAUUUUCAACUACUAUUCCUGCUAUUUUUAUGAUAAAAAAUAAUUUCAUUUUUUUUUUUCUCUUAGUAUUUAGUGGUCUUUUAUUACUAUAUACAUAAUAUUCGGUUAUUUAUCGUUAUAUUGUACAAAAUGGGCCGGGAGGGGGGAAUUCGUGGGUAGCUGCUCUGUUGCACACAAGUGUUUGUUUUCCUUGUUCUCUGGCACAUACACAUACACACACACGCUUGCGCAGGCGUUAUCGCUUACAACUUAUACAAAAUGUAUAAAGUAUAACAAAAUUAUAAUACUCAUUACUUGUAUACCGUGAAACGUACUAUACUGUAUCCAUUACCUACGAUGUUCACGUCGCGGAAUAAUAAUUAUAUUAUUUUAUAUUAUAUUAUUCACCUUGAGCGGAGUGUGUUCCCACUCCAGCGUACGACGACAACAAUGCAGUAUUAUUAUGAAAAUUAUAAUUUUUAUUAUUUUAUUCCGCGACGAAGGGCACCACCUGCACCGCCGGUAUGGCCGAGUUUACGACUGAUGAGUGACGACUGUCGGUUUGUUGUUUUGUCGCGGUGGUACGCGCACGCGUUUAUAUUUUUUGACCGGCACGUGUACCGUUUGUUUACGCGAGCCAAACGCGUGACGACAGCUGCGGUCGCGAGCUCUGCGCCGAUCUCGCCAAUAUUACGACACGGUAUCCCGGCGACGUCAUAUGUCGUGUCGCAUUUUGCAAAAUGAUGUAGCGUUUUUAAAUCGCACUUAUGAAAAUGUGAUUAUAUACGGCGAUGACGCCGAAAAAUCGACUAACCGACGACCGUAUUGUAACUAUAACGAGAGCAAAGCCGAUAUGUUUAGCGCAUCGCUGGACAUUUCCUGGUCAUUCAAGUUACCAAGGUUACAACGACUAAAGGCUCACGCACGAUGCAAAACGUUGCUAUGAUACUCUACGUCACAAUUCACUACUGCGCAAAAUCAAUAAUUUUUCGUUUCUCCCUACGAGUGUUCGGUGGCGUUUUAUGACCAAACGGCAUCCGAAACAUGCGUAGCACCUGGAAAUCAUAAAUAUAUUGAGAAAUCUAUUUCCAAGACAUUUCUUACUAUAUCUAUGUUGAAAACUAACCCUAAAUUAAGGGAGGAGGUGGCGACUGGAUUUUAGAUUUUCAAUGGAAUGAGGGAUGUAUUAAUUUUACAAUGAUGUUUAUUUUUUUUUUUAUUAUUUGAUUACAUUUUCUACCAGAAAGCAUCCUUCGAUUAUCAAGUAUAGUAAGGAAAUUUUCUCUGGGUGCUACAGGAGUCAUUUUUUGAAAUUCUCAUUAAUAUUUGAGAUAAUGAGGAAAACCUCGGUCUUUAGAUUAAAAAGAUUGAAAGAUUAGAAAUGAGGUUGUCAUUAGCAAUAGUUUUUAUUUAUUUUUGUUAUUAAGUUUUUAUUAUUUUAAUCUUUUUUAAACAAUCAUUGUUGUUAUGGAAACGCACAUUUUUGUAAUUAUUUUAUCAUAAUAUGAUAUAUAUAUUGUUGACAAAGCAACACUAUCUACUGAAUUCCGCUCAGAAUCGUUUUUUCGUUAGAAAUAGUUUAUCGUUGCUUACAGAUCUGUAUCCUACCUUCCCAACUUUCUACCUACAACAGUGGCUGCAACCAUGUGCGAAGUAUGUCAGUCAUUUUUUUAAAUUGCUGUUACAUAUUUCCAGGCAAGUAUAAAAUACAUAUUUGAUUAGGUGCAUUAUUAAUAAAAAGUCAACCGUGAGCAGCAGAGCUUUAUUAGUCAUCUAAUCGCUAAUAGAGUCGAAUUUACUUAAUCCAUUUUGUAUUGUAGAAAUUAAUAUUCUUUGUAAAAAAAUAAAAUAUAACCAAAUAUUAUAUAUGACACUAAGUAUUACCAAAAAAAAAAACUAGUCAGGGUGGUGAUUGAAAGUUCUAACCUCCAAAUGUAAGUCCUUGAUUUCCAAAACUUAACAAUAUUAUUUGUCAUUAGGUACUUAUAGCUUAGAAAAUAACGGUUUCAAAAGCCAAAGUAGGUACAUGCACGUUGUCUUAUUAUAAUAGGUACCGUAUAAUAUUUACCUAAACAUAUUUUAAUACUUUAACUGGCUUCCAUUAGCGAUCUUUGACAAAAAAAAACUCCACUGAAUUUACUUAAUAAUAACAAUGUGUUGAUUUUCAGAAUCUUGGGUGGAUAUUCCUGGUUGGACAUCCCCAAUAUCUUUUCAAAGCGUGGACCGUGUCACUCCGGUGCCAUUCAUAUCGUCUGGCGAAGAAUACUUGAGACUGUUAAAGGAAGCUCAAAAGGAGAGCAACCCAUCAUCCAGAGUCUUGUCCAAAGAAUCAUCUGUUAAGGGCAGGUUGGUACUCAUUUUGAUAAUUUGAUUGCAUUAUAGUGUUGUAUCAAAAUAUUUUACCUAUUUUUUUUUUUUUAGCCCGAAAUCACCGCCAAACAGUCCGAACAAUGAACUGGAAGAUGAUCUUGGAGGAGUGUAUAUUAACUAUUCGAACCAAGUGAGUUUUCUUGGAUAAUAAUUAUUCAAAUUCCAGCAUACAUUUAAAGAUAAAGUAAUACUAGAGGGGGUGAGGGAUAUGAUGGUUGAAUAAUAAAAAAUGAAUCCCCUUAGUGAGGUGGGAUGAUAUCUAUAUAUAUUGUUAGCAAUAUUGAAUAUUUUAUUAUUAUUAAGCAUGUAUAAUAUGAUUCAUAUGAUUGAUAAUAUUUUAUUUUAUAUUUGAGAUUUUUAUUUAAUUAUAUAUAAACAAAAAUGUUUUUAUGCAUAAUAUUUUGUUAUUUGUUGAACAGGGUGAAGAAUUGUACAACUUGGACAAGAAUACUGAUUGGAUAUGGGAUUGGAGCAGUCGGCCAGACCAGGCACCUCCCAAGUAGUUAUUUACAAUAUUUUUUUAAAAAACUGUAGACACUCCUUCAAUUUUUGUGAUUAUUUAUUUAAUCAUUUCUCUUUGCAGAAAUUGGAAAUUCAUUCAUCCUAAAAAGAAGACAUUCAGUAUGCGUAAUGCUAAGGUCGGCAAGGAGAGCCUCUUUUCUAAAGAAGUUUUGUACACUCUGUUUUUGACCAAUAUUUUGUCUAUACUGUUGGGAGCUGGUGUCGGGUAUGGUUACUCAUAAAGUCUUAACAUAUUAACACAGUUAUAAUACCGUUAGUAAUAUGUUUUUAUCUUUUAUAGUGCCUGGUUGUGUAAAAGAGGUGGUAUUAUGAUGUCCAGAAUGGCCAUGGAUUGAUCAGCCUAGAAAGCAUUACAAAAUAUAUGUAUAUUAUAUAUAUAUAUAUGAAAAAAGGGUGUCAAUUUGUUGUCUUUUUAAGUCUGAAAUUUAAAGAUAUAUGCAUAUAUAUAUAUAUGUGUCUGUGUGUUUUAUUAUUUUCAAAAACCGCCUCUAAAAUAUUCCUUUUUGUAAUAUUAUAUUUAUAUAUUAUGUAAGUUUCUUUUUUAACUUAAAAUUAUUAUUAAUAUUAAUUUGACGCAAAUAGAUUAUAGGAAAUAUGUAUAAUGUUUUACUAUUAUUAAUAUAAAAAUUGAUUUAACAAAAAAAGGUUCUCAAAUUAUUAUUUAAUUAAAAUUACUAUUGAAUAAUGAUAAAAUUGGUCCUUUUAAAUUUUGAACAGAUUUAUUUUUUCUAUAUAUAUAUAUUCAUUUAAUAUUUAAACAAUAGAUAGGGGGAUUUACUUAUGUAAAUUUUUUUUUUUUAUAGUGUAAAUUGUGUUUAUCCAUUCAAAAACAAUUUGCAUUAAAAUAAUAAAAAAAAAAAACAAUUAUUUUUACAUAAAAUUAAUAUCACGUUCCUUGUCUCAUAAUUGCAAUGAAACUGAUCCAAGUUAUCUGUCAAACUACUGAAUGCAUAUACAUAUUCAAGAUAGCAGAUCUAGAAGGGACCAAAAAAAUGUUGAAUACAUCUUAAACAAGUUUCUAUGAGUAUAUUAUUAGUACCGCGAUAAGUCUGUACAAUUUAUAUAUAUAUAUAUAUAAAAUUAAUUAUUAUAAUUAUUACCUUCUAUAUUAUGAUAUAUUGAUAUUUUGUAUAUGUUAAACAAAAAAAAAAAAUUUCAUUUGUAUAUUUUAUGAAAAUUUGUAGUUAGGUUUUUGUAUUUUUACAAUAGCAAGAAUUGCAUCUUUGUAAGAUAAAAGGUAACCUUGUGAUAAACGAGGUGCUGGCUCAUCCUUUUGUCUCAAUUCAUAGCUAUUAUUAACAAGUACUUCAUUAUUAUUAUUAUUAUUAUUAUUAUUAUUAUUAUUAUUAUUAUUAUUAUUAUUAGUAGUAGUAGUAGUAGUAGUAGUAAACAGUAGACUUGCCUAUCUAAUUUCGAUUUUGAUUUAUUAAUUAAGCAAAUAAAAAAUAUAUACCUAUUAUACAAUUGUGUGACAUAAUUUCUUUGUAUAAAAUACUAGCUGUCU